AUGCCAUUAUCUUCACCCAUUCUCAUGACGUACCCUGGCCCCCCUAGAAGAGCCGGAGGUUUCCUACGAUAUAUCAUUGGCGCAAUAGGAAUCCUUCUCCUAAUCUUUUACUUUAAAAGUUCAUCAGAAUCGCCAUCUUUCACAUAUGUAACCCCCACAGUACCUGAUCCUCCAACAUCCAAAGUAUCUUCCACACCAUACUCGGAAUCUCUUUCCAAUAACGAAUUACCCAUUGCCAAACCGAAGCAAGAACAUCCUAUCGAUACUUUAAUCGCCGACGCAGAAAAGACGUUUGAUGAAUUAUUGCAAAAAGAAAGUCACGAUAUUAAUGCCGCCGCUGCAGAAUAUCGCAAACGAAGAGGGAGACAUCCACCCCCAGGAUUUGAUGCAUGGUUUAAAUUUGCCCAAGACAAUGAUGCCGUCAUGGUCGAGGAUUUCUUUGAUCAAAUAUAUCAUGAUUUAGGUCCAUAUUGGGGUGUGACUCCCGCAAGAAUGAGAACGCAAGCUAGAGAUGCUGGCAUGGUGAUAAGUAUUCGAAAUGGUAAUGCAACGGCAGAUAGUGAUUGGUUCUGGACACAAAUUUGGUUGCAAUUGAUUGGAACCAUACAAAAAGAUUUGCCAGAUAUGGAUAUCCCACUCAAUGCUAUGGAUGAACCAAGAAUGGUGGCUCAAUGGGAAUUGAUUAAUGAGAAUAUGGAAGUGGAGAGAGCUACGAGGCAACUUGCAGAUGUCAAUGUAGUCUCUCAGGAUUACGGAAGUUUGCCUGCUCCAAGACGUUCUGGAAGUGGGGAACCAGACGCACCCAAGAGAGAAUGGGAAACUUCAGGUCCAUAUUGGAAAAUCGCUACCAGGGGUUGUCAUCCAGAUAGUCUUGCACGCCGAGCUGAGGUUAUGACGGACUUUUCGAAAACACCUGCUAUUUCCAUGGGUCAUUCUUCUUUACAUACCUUUAAAGGUUAUGUUUCGAAUUAUAGCCUCUCGGCCGAUUUUUGUCAUCAACCAGAUUUACAAUCUCUUCACGGAAUGAUGAUUAAUCCUCUCUCAAUUUCUUCAACUCAAGAGUUAUAUCCUCUUUUCGGUGGUUCUAAACUUCCAACAAAUAACGAAAUUUUAUUACCGGCACCAAUGUAUUGGGUGAAAGAGGAGAGAUUCACAGGUGGUGAUGAUCAUGGAGUUCCUUGGCAUCAAAAAUUAAACAAGGCCAUCUGGAGAGGUGUCGCUACCGGAGGACGAAACAAAGAAGAUAACUGGAAAGGAUUUCAACGACAUCGCUUCGUCUCCACGACAAAUCAUACAUCAGUAUCUCGAGCCGAAUCUUGGGAAACGAUUCCUCCAAAUUUCGCCCUUCCAACUUCGAUGUAUAAUAUCGGUGCACAACAAGAAAAUCGAUUGGGGGAUUGGGUACAUGAAUGGUCUGAUACAGCAUUUAUCGAAUUGAUGUGUAAUGAAAAUCGAGAUGAUGGGAUAUGUCCAUAUACGGAUCCGUAUUUCUCGAUCAAGGAAGGACGGAAAAUGAGUGAACAAUUCAAGAACAAGUACAUUCCUGACAUUGAUGGCAAUUCCUUCUCAGGAAGAUAUAGAGGUUUCUUACUUUCUUCCAGUUUACCAAUCAAAGCAACCAUUUUCCGCGAAUGGCACGACUCACGACUUAUUGCUUGGAAGCAUUUCGUACCAAUGGAUAAUAGAUAUAUGGAUUUUUAUGGUAUCAUGCAAUAUUUCUUAGGGUAUGAAGGAGAGAACUUUAGAAUUGAAGGACAUGAUAAGGAAGCGGAGAGGAUUGCAAUGGCAGGACAAGAGUGGGCGAACAAAGUAUUGAGGAGAGAGGAUAUGCAGAUUUAUGUGUUGAGGUUAUUGUUGGAGUACGCACGCGUCUCUAAUGAUAAUAGAGCAAAUUUGGGAUUUGUGAAGGAUCUUUUGUGA